AUGAGGAGGUUUUUGGUUCCUAGAACAAGUAUUGAGAAAGUGAAUGUUAGACAACCGGAAGCCGAAGUAGAAGAAACAUCCCCUAAUGUGGCCAAUGAGUUUAAUCCAAAUGAUAUGUGCGUGAUCCAGGAUGUAGGAAACAAAUUCAUGAGUAUAUAUGCUCCGGAUAUUCAAGACCAAGUGAGGAGGGCAUAUAUAUUGAAGGGUCCAACACAACCAGAUUUAGAAAGAUUUCCUCGUACUCAAUUUGGGAAGUCUUCAAGAGCAUUUUGUAAAGCAUGGUAUAAGAAUUAUACAUGGAUUGAAUACAGUGAGUCGAAGGAUGUAACUUAUUGUUUCUAUUGCUUUCUCUUUAAGCCUCCCGGGAGGGCCGAACACUUUGGUUAUGAAGUCUUCAACAAAGAUGGAUUUAAAGAUUGGAAGUAUGCAACUAAAGGCUUUAAAGAUCAUAUUGGUAGUCAUGAUAGUAAGCACAACUCAUAUUGUACUAGAUAUCUCAUAGCACAAAGCAUUGCUUUCCGUGGCCAUGAUGAAAGCUCUACUUCUCUAAACAAUGGAAAUUUUAGAGAGAUGGUGGAUUGGGUAAAAUCUAAUGAUGAAAAAGUGAGAGAUGCUUUUGAUCAUGGUCCAAAAAAUUGCACAAUGACUUCUGGUGACAUUCAAAAGGAGCUUGCAACGUGUUGUGCACAUGAAGUUACCAAGGUGAUUAUGGAAGAGUUUGGUGAUAGACAAUUCUCUGUGCUUAUUGAUGAGUCACUGAUAUAUCUGUCAAAGAACAAAUGGCGGUGA